AUGGCCUUUAAGGGUUUAAAAUUUUUAAUCCUGCUCUAUGCAGUUUUUGACUUAGCCAAUGCAUGGACCUACAGUGAACAGGAUCAAUGGUCUGCAGAAUAUCCUACCUGUGGCUCCAAUCAACAAUCACCAAUUGCCAUUAAUUCGAUGGAGGCAGGUGCCAAAACUCAUCCACCCAUCAAAUAUGACAACUAUAAGCAGCCCUUCAAUGUAAUCAUAACCAACAAUGGUCAUUCCGCUGAGAUAAAGAUGCCUGAGGAUGCUGUCAAACCUCGAAUUUCUGGGGGACCAUUACCCGCAGAUGAGACCUAUCAAUUUGAAAAUCUACACUUUCAUUGGGGAGCCAAUAAUAGCUUGGGCUCGGAACAUGUCCUAAAUAAUCGUCGCUAUCCUAUGGAAGUGCAUGCUGUUCACUACAACACAAAAUACGCCAAUUUAGAGGAGGCCAUUCAACACUCCGAUGGUGUGACUGUUGUCACCGCCUUCUAUCAGAUAAAUUCCUUCCAGCGUUUGGCUGCCUUGCAGAAUGUAAGCUACGCAUUGUCAGCCAUAAUUGAAUACGAAACGACAACGAAAAUUGCCAACUUCAAAUUGUCCGGCAUGUAUGGGGGCAUUGAUACUACCAGUAAACGGGUCUACUACACCUAUGCUGGUUCGUUGACAACUCCACCUUGCUCGGAGGCGGUUACCUGGAUUAUAUUCCCCAAUCCAGUGUCUGUCACCUCGAAUCAAUUGAAGCCUUUCCGCAAGUUAAGGGAUGAACAUGGAGGAAUUUUGGUCAAUAAUUUCCGCCAGCUGCAUAAUCUUAAUGGCCGAAAGAUUUAUUUAAAUCGUCCUGGACAAAAAGAACCUCGCAUCGAUGAAGACAUAUGAAGUGACGGUGAGAGGAUAAACUGAUCUCAACGAUUAAGUGACUUAUAUAUUUUAUUGUCAAUAGAUAAAUACUUUUGAAUAAACACAUUAGCAAAGUUGAAAAACUAA